AUGGGGCUUGGUGAAACAAUAAAAGAGAUUAAUAAGGCAACACCUCAAGAUAAGGCUAAAGCCAUGAUUUUUCUUCGCCAUCACCUCCAUGAAGGGCUCAAAAAUGAAUAUUUAACUGUAAAAGACCCACAAAUCCUUUGGAGUAAUCUAAAGGAAAGGUAUGACCACCAAAAAACAGUGAUACUCCCUAGAGCUCGUUAUGAAUGGUUGAAUUUGAGAUUGCAAGAUUUUAAAUCUGUUAGUGAAUAUAACUCAGCUAUGUUUAAAAUAACUUCUCAAUUGAAAUUAUGUGGAGAAAAUAUUACUGAUGCAGAAAUGCUUGAAAAGACAUACUCUACUUUCCAUGCUAAUAAUAUUGUCCUGCAGACACAAUAUAGAGAAAAAGGUUUUAAAAAAUAUUCUGAAUUAAUAUCUUGUCUUCUUGUGGCUGAGCAAAAUAACGAGCUGUUAAUGAAAAAUCAUGAAUCACGUCCUACUGGCUCUACUUCAUUCCCUGAAGCGAAUGUGACAACCCAUAACGGGAAAGAAACUAAAAACAGAGACCAUUCCAGCAGUAAUGGUCGAGGUAAAGGUCGUGGUCGUGGCCAAUGGCGCGGCCGGGGUCGUGGACGUGGAUAUGGUAGAGGUCGUGGAGGUCAUUGUUCUCGGGUUUGUAGAACUCCAAAGCAUCUUAUUGAACUUUACCAAGAAUCAUUGAAGAAAGGAAAGAAAGUUGAGGCAAACCUUAUUCUUGAAGAUGGUGAAGGUGAUUUUGAUUUUGGCAAUGCCAAUCAAUUUGAUGUUGGUGAUUUCCUUACUUCCCCGGAAGGGAAUAAUUUUGAUUUUGGCAGUACAACUCAUUUAGAAGUUGCCGAUUUCUUCACUGCCCCAGAAGGGAAUAAUUAA